UGAAUGAAGGCAUUCGUUUCGCAUGCGUGCGCUCCUUCACCAGUGUAGCCUACCUAAGCGUGGCCCCAUACACGCACAUAAUACUUCUUAAAUACAAAAACAUUACUUGCACGGUUGAGGACACUAGCACUACAGUCUUUCUAUGCGUCUUUAUUUUGUAUUUCAUUUUUUAUUCCAGUCGUAUUCCACUUCGUUUCUUCGUUCAAUCUUUCUUUCAAUUGCUACAAUUGACAAUGUAGCAAUUGUGUACUGCAUUGGAUGCGUAUAACAGUUCUGGACACUUGGUCGUUCAAUCUUUUUUGCCCAAACUUUCACUUUUAGAAUAUCUGAUGGUGUGACGACAUCCGUCUGUACCAUCAGACUAGCUGAGUUCAUUCAAAGUCGACUGCCAGCCUCAGUGAAUAUUGACUCGCUGCUUGUUAGAGAGUAAUGGACGCUGUGACCUGUCGAAAUAUAGUUUACUUUUGUCCCACCAUACUGCGGACCCUGCGGAAAGACAUAUUACCCUGCUGCAGAGCUGGAAUCAGCUAUUAGUCACUUUGAGUGUGCCAUCUGAAGUUUGGGUCGGGACCUAGACUCUGUGGAGCUGCUGUCUGACUUUGUUUCUCGUGGAAGUACCAUCGUCUACAGGCAGAAUGUCCGCGAGACCAGGAGACCUUCCAGCGCUGGAGUCCGGCAUGCCGUCGGGGUUCUUCUACAGCCUGUCGAAUCCCAUGGGAAUGGCCCGGCGCACAUACGAUGAGAACCUGGACGUCCCCCUGAACUCCCCACCCCCGGACAUGAGUGUCAACAUCCUGUGGAAGGACCCGGUCAUUCCACGGCACAGAUUCAAGAAGCUCCCACAGGAAGGGGAAAGUCACCCCAAACCGCCAGCGCUGGAGCUUGGCGCCCCCGCUGUGGCCCCCCGGUCCCCGGCCCCCGUAGUGAGGGCCAAGGCGACGUCUCUCAUGAGCUCACUGAUGAUCAAGCAGUCCCAUGACAGCCUGCAGAGGUUCGAGCACCAGGCGGGGCUGACCGAUGACGUGUACUCCCCACACAAGGGCCUGUCUGCGGAGGAGACCCGCUCAGCCCGUCUGGCUGACGGCACUGUCCCAAAGCUGAGAAUGCCAAGCGGGGAGUUGAAAGAGGACAGACCUACGACAUCGUCUCAGUCCACCCCGUACGGCACCCCCUGUGUGACCCCGUCCGUCACCCCCUGUGUGACCCCCUGCGUUAGCCCUCACAGUUCACCCGUGACCCCUCGCAGGUCCUGGUUCGGUUCUUCCAAUCUUCUCUCCCCCCCGGAGCUCGGCAGUCACAGCCCUAGCUUUGACAUGGGAGGCAACGAGGGCGGAGGAGGUGGAGGAGGAGGUGGAGGAGUAGACAGGUGGAGCUUCUUUGGGCCGCGGCCUGUCGUGCAGAAGUCCCCCACGGACCCGGGCUCAGACAGCGGCCCUGGGUUCACGCUGCAGACCUACUUCGGCCUGCAGAAGUCCACCACCAUGGACGCCAUCAAGACCCAGGUGCACCUGAAGGUGGACGACCCGGCCACCUUCCUGCCGCCCAAGAUGGACCUCUCAGGCCUGGAGUCCCGGCACGCCACCCAGCGGCCUCACAAACUCAAACCGCGGGACAUGAAUGUGCUCACGCCCUCGGGCUUCUGAGGCCAACAAGUACCCACAUGACUCUAUUCCCCCCCCCCCCCCCCCAAGCCCAGACACACGCACGCACGUACUCACACUCACGUCUCCUCUCACUACACUCUCCCAGAGAGGUGGUAUAAGUAUUACCCCCCCUGUGCCCCUCACUGAGCCAUGCCUGGUCCUGUCCUCCACACACGACACAAGACGUUCGCCUGGACUCGUGGCUCCUGCAGCCCCAAACCACGUUUAUGAGUCCAUCUGAGGACCCCUCUUGUGUUCUUCUUUUGUUCUUGCUACAGUGUCGUAACAAACUCAAACUGCUCGUCCUAGUCUCAAUGGUGUGAAUGGGAUCGAUACGUAUCUUCUCUUGAACACCGUUGGGGUGUGUUCAACCUCACCUUGUCCUCCCCCAGCCAAACUCCCCCCCCCACCCCCUUCUUUUAUAUGCUUCAUUUAAAAACAAAAUGAAACUUAUGUCAUGACUGAUAUUGUGCCUGAGAUAGCACUAUGUAUGCUUUUGGUCGCUGUGCUGAUUUAAUUUGCCUAAUUUAUUAUGUUGUUAAUAUGUUUGUGGCCUAGGUGCUGACUGUUGGAGUGCUUUUCUUCUGACUUGCAGUCUUUUUAUCAUUUUGAAGUCAGUAGUUUACAGUGCUUGGCUUUUGAUGUUUUAUUCUGAUUUAUAUUCAAUGCGUUUCAUAAUGCCAAGCUACACCGCUGACAUGUUUUGAAGUUUGUAUUUUAUACAAUUCGAUAGACAUUAUGUGGUCAUUUUGAAUUCAAUUUUAUAUAUAUAUAUAUAUAUAUAUAAUUUUGUUUUUUUUCAAAGCACAUUUCCUCCAUGCUGUUCAAAAAAUGUAUAUGACUUAAACUCCAUAAAGGCACAAAGGAGUAUCUCCUGAUGACUUCUGUAAAUAAAUAUUGAUAGUAACGAGCUUCGCUUGCUUAUUGUUUAUCGGGUUUUGACUUGUUUUAAGUUUGACUGUUAGGAAGGAAACGGAAAUUUUUCCUUGAAGAUGCCAUGCUAAACGAUGCUAGCAUUUCUCCACUAGAUGGCAGAGCAGGUCAAAUUAUCAGCAUGUGUAAAACUGCUGUCUGACUAAGCCAUGAUGCAUUGUUAUCGAACGUGUUUUAAAUUAUGUCCCAUAAAAUGCUAUUUGUAUUGCCAAUUUACUGUUUUUUUAAAUUGGUAUAACAAACAAAUUGCAACAAUUAAGUCAUUACACGCUAUGAUUUAGUGGCUGUGAUGAAAUUCAGGAAGCAUUUCAAGUAAGGAGACGAGCAAAGAACCUGAAGUAUUUGACCUGCUAGUUUAACAGCCAUUUCCCCCAAUUACCUUUAGAUACUAAAGGCCCAUUUUAUUGUGCAUUUAGUGUCUUACCAAGACGUAAUAGCUGAAGACGAAGUUAUAUGCACAUUCUGAGGCAAGUCGUCGGAUAACGAUCGCUGAGUGAAACCCUGCACGAUCAAAGCUUUAACAAAUACCUAUCUGGUUACUUUACAGAGACUGCAUACUUUAUUGAGUUGGUACAAACAAAAUGAUCAGGCAAUUGCGUGAAGUGGUUUAGUUUCUGUUCAAUGGAAGCUUGACCCCUGCCUGACAGCAUCCUUGGCUCUCAGGGCGUUCACCCCUGACCUAGUAUUCUUUGGUGUGGUGCUCGUAAAGGGACCCACCUUCUCGCUGAGGCGAGCCCUAAUUACAGGCUGUGGGGUCAGUGUCUGGUUUUCAGGUGGUGCCCGUCAACCGAGAACGGAGUUAAAUUAGUCUGACAUCAACCAGUGGCAUUCUGUGUUGAGGCCUUUAGGGGGAUGGCACCUGGGAUAGGGAAAGAAAUGACCUAGAGAGCAAGCCAAGUGUGUGUGUCUGAGCGAUAGAGUUUGUGCCUAUUUGUUCAUGAAAGACACGCUUGUGUGUGUGUGUGUGCAUGUAUCUAGGCGAUCUAGGAUAAAGUGAUUGUGUGUGUGUGUUUGUGUUUGCUUAGGAUAGAGUUUCGGCCUGUAUCUGCACAACAUGUGUGAAUUCAAGUGUGUUGGCGCUUGUAUUUGUUUAUAUUGUUUGUGGGUGUUGGUGUCCAGGGAAUGUGUGUGUGUACGGGUCUGUCCCUCAGUAUUACAGCUAAAAGGUUUAGCACUAGAAGCCUCUGAAUACAGUCAGUGUUCAGCUGACCAAGCUGCUGGGGAUACAAACGUUUAAAUACACUAACUGGAAAACUGGGCUGUCUGGUGGUGAUUCAACAAUUGCUUCUCGCCUGAACCAAUCCCGUGUCCUCAUCGGUUGUUUCUCAGGUUUCUCAGAAACAGAGUACGUUUCUCUGUAGAAACCGCCGGAGCAGCCAGUUGUGUGACAGCACAGUUGUUGAGGGGUC